UUCCCCUACUAAAAAUAUUCAAACUAUAUUAUAAAAACUUUGCAUAAUUAUUUUCUUAGCUACCACAUGGAGUGCUACAACAACACUUUCUCUUAUUCUUCAGGGUCAUCUUCAAAAACAAAGGAGAAAAAGGAAAAGGGUGUGAAAAAAAUCAAAACCAAAAGAUCAUCGGUGAAACUUUCAACUGAUCCACAAAGUAUUGCAGCUAGAGAAAGAAGGCAUAGAAUCAGUGACAGGUUUAAGAUUCUUCAGAGUAUGGUUCCUGGUGGGAAUAAAUUGGAUACUGUUUCUAUGUUGGAAGAAGCUAUUCAUUAUGUUAAGUUUCUUAAGACACAGAUUUUGCUUCAUCAAACAAUGAUUAACUUUGUUGAUGAUAUUGAUGAGUCAUCAUCACAUAUGUUGCUUCCUCAAGAUAAUUAUUAUUCACCAAAUGAUAACAUUAUUCAGCAUAGCACUUUUGGUUCAGUUGAGUCUAUGCAGAAUUUGCCACAGUUACCACCAGAUCAGUUCUGUUUUCAAGGUGAUCAAGAUACCAAAACCAUGUUUAAUAUCACUAUGAAAUAUUAAUUAAUUAGCCACCUUAAUUAAUUAGUGUUUCUAUCUUAAGUUUUUUUUCUUCUUCUCCUAGUUAUAUAAAUUAGAUGUGAACUUUUGUAAUGGUUAAAAUGAUACUCCAUCUGGUCACUAUUAUAAGUAAA